GUAUAAUUAUGAGAGGUUCAUAAAAAAGGUUAGACAAAAAGUUCGCAAUAAGGCACGUGUUGAAGGAUCAAUUGUUGAGUCCUAUCUUGUUGACGAAAUUUCAAGCUUCACUUCCCUGUACCUUCCUGAAACUAUAUCUAACUCACGAAAUCGACCUCACCGCUAUGCUCAACAUUCUGUUAUGAGCACAAGUAGCCUAAGCUUAUUCCAAGUUAGGGGAUGGAAGGUUGGAAGAGGGAUAUCUAGAGUGUUAACUAUGGAAGAAUACAAGACAGCAAUGAUAUAUAUUUUGACAAACAUGGUUGAAAUGGAUGAGAUUAUGAAAAAAUUUGAACGUGAACAAUGGAGGCGCUCGAGACCACCAAAUCAAAAGGAAUUAGAUAGAUUAAGGCGAGAUGGAGGUGGUAAUAAUAAACCCAGCUUGCUGGAUUGGUUCAAAACUUUGUGCAUCAAGGAUGCAAGCAUAUGUAAUGAAUUGCGCCACAUUUCACGAGGAUGUAGCUUAAAAGUUAAGUCAUAUGACAUGUAUGAAGUUAAUGGGUACAGAUUUCGAUCUGAGAAGUAUGAAAAAUCUAGGGGGAAGCUUGCUACUAUUAAUACCGGGGUACUUGCUAUGGGAGUUGACGAUAUUACUAAUGAUGAGCUUGAGUAUUAUGGUUUUAUCAAGGACAUUAUAGAGCUCAAAUUUGAUGGUGAUAAUGAGUUUGCUCUUGUGUUGUUUGAGUGCCAUUGGUUCCACCCAACUGAUGGAGUGAGACACUUGAACAGAUUUGGAUUAGUCGAGGUAGCACAUGCAUCAUCCAAUCCUACCAAUGAGCCUUUUGUUCUUGCUAACCAAGUAACCCAAGUUUAUUAUGUUCCAUAUGCAUGCACUUCUGAUGAAACUCUUAAUGCAUGGUGGGUUGCCUACAAGGUGGCACCUCUAGGUAGUGUACCAACUCCCUCAAUGGAUGAUUACAGUGAUGCACCUCAAACAACUAUAGAUGUCUUUCAAGAAGAUGGUCUGCAAGGUGACUUAUUUGUACAACUAAGAUUUGGCCUUGAUAACAUUGCACCUCGAGGUUCAGAUGAGGUUGAUGACCCAGAUGAUUUGUUUGUCCUAACGAAUCAAGAACAUUCUGGUAGUAUAGGGCAUGAUCAUCCAUCUGAUGAAGACGAAGAAAACAUGUCUGAUACAGAAUCAUGUCCUGAAAUAUAUGUUGAAAAUUACCAAGAAGACAUUGAUGAUUUGUAAUUUUAUAUUUUAGUAUUGGUAUUAUAAAUAUAUAUUGAUGACACUUGGAAGAAGGCAAUGCCGUCCUAUCGAGAACUCAGUAGCUAUUGAGAAUCUUAUUGAGGAUGAGGGUUACUUACGGGGUCCUUCUGAACUUCCACCUGCUAUUCCUAAUGAGAAAGAUCGCCCAUUGAUUGAACCUGAUGGCAAUACCCACUGGAUUGAACUCUCUAUAUUACAUAAAGGCCGGAAGCCAGCAAGUGUAUUGUCAUGUCUCCUAAGGGAAUAUCAUCCUGGAAUUGUUAACUACAAAGGAAAAACAUUGGUGGCAAAGAAAUGGCUGCAUUAUGAAGCUCAAAAGGACACAAGUGGCCGUUCUGUUGCCAAUGAAGUUGAAGAUAAUUUCUGGCUAAGGUUUAGGUGUGAACCUCAAUAUGCAGAAGCUGCAAGACAACAUGUUGGAAGGUGCUGCAAGGUUCUCAUCACAAGUGUCAUGUACUAUGCUAGGAUCAAUGCCAUAAUAGACCACUGUCGCAAAGUUGAAAAACAAAAAAAGAUAUCAGACAAGGCUGCUGGGCACUGUUAUCUACUAAGAAAUGAGUACAUAGCACAAAAACCUAAAUGGUGCACUCAGGAGGCUUGGGCUGUUCUAGUUGAUGAAUGGUGUGAUCCUUCCUGGAUUAAAAAAUCAGAGAAAAGUCGUGCCAAUAGAACCAACUCAAAAUAUAAGCCUCAUAAGGGUGGUUCUAACUCCAUUGCGAUAAUAAGACAAAAAAUGUCUAUGAGAGAAGGGCGGGACAUAAGUAAGAUUGAGGCGUGGGUCUACACACAUAGAGGGGCCGAUCCAAAUAACCCUGAUGAACUGAACACUGAGGAAGCCACCGAGUGUCUGAAGGAUUAUAGAACAAAUGUUGCUAGAUUACGUGGGAAAGGAUACAAUUGGAAGAAUAAUCCUGUUGAUCCUCAAGCUCUAUACAAUUGCUCUGCCAGGAAGGGACAUGGUAGAUGGGCAACAUUUAAUGGGCUUAUUAAUGAUAAAGAGGCUAUUGAUGAGGUUAGAGUUGGUAGAGCUUCCUCCGUUGUUCGUAAGCGUCUUUGUCAAGAACAAGAUGAAAAUGAGAAAAGAAGGCAGUCUGAAAAGAUUCGGAGAACAGAGGAUCAUGCUAAGAGUGUCUUAUCAUGGGGUUUAGGCUUGUAUGAUCAUUGCAAUGGCAUGCAUAAGCUUCUUGUGACUCUUGCUACCAACCAAGGUGUUCCUGCUAAUGAAAUUCCACCUCGAUUUCCUCCACCACCAUCUCCUCCAGGCUCUCACAAUGAAUCUCCUAUUCUUCAUGAUCAUAACAUGAUUGCCCUUGUUGAACUGAAAAACCAAGAGAGUGCAUUCAAUGUGGUUGCUGAAGGAAUGUUCGGAGGCUACUUAAGUGCAAUGUGCAACGAAGCAGAAAGUUCCUCUCCAAAUUUGGAUGAUGAAAUUGACCCCUUCUGAUUUAGUCUCCUUUAAAAUAUUAAAACUUGUUAGCUACUUAAUUAGUAUUUUUUUGGUCCCUUGUAGACAAUUACUCUGCUUUAGCAACUCUAGCUAAUGCAGGUAAUGAUUAUUAUUCUUUUGGUCCCUUGUGGACAAGCAUUCUGCUUUAGCAAGUCUAGCUAAUGCAAGGAAUGAAUCUACGCUACAUGAUGAUCUUUUGCUGGAUUGUAGCCAACAUAAAAAUGUUGCAUAGGAGUAAAUUCUAUACAUGUAAUAGGAUAAAUUAGUUGAGACUAUCAAACCCAGUGACAUUACUGAAUUUGGACUUGAGUGUCGUAUGGCUAAUUGAUCUAACAUGUUUUUACAUAUGUGUGCAUUAAUUUCAUUAUUAAUAAAAUACCAC